AACAAAAAAUACGGGAAGAAAUUAUUGGAAUACCACCCGAGAUGUGUUUAGCAGUUUUCGACCACAUGAAGACGGCACUACAAGAGUGUUUUGACCGAAAUGGAAGGCACCUCGACAAUAUAAUUUUUAAAACAUGAAAUCCGCAUAUAUUGUGUGUAGUCCUACCUUAAUAAAUUCUUUUUAAAACUGAAAAAAAAAAUUUGGUUAGCCUUCAAAAAGGGAAAUCCAUUCCUGGACACCCUGUACUAUCGACUCGUACAACGAAGACUAUAGUAACUCAUUUUUUGGGUUUUUUGAGUUACUAUAAUGCGGCGCAUGUAUUUACUAAAAGCUUUGCCGAGGAAAAAUAUCAUGUCAUUUUUGGCUGUAAAAUACAACGAAUACUAUAUUAUCUCGAUUUACUAUACUUAAACAGGUGCUCAAUUCCCAUGAAGACUAUAGUAUAUCGUGUUGCUAUAGUAUUCGACGUAAAUAUUGUUGGUAGGUAAAACUUACUAUAAUUUUAUUGUGUGCCGGUUUUGAGGUUAAGUUGUCACUAUUGUUGCAGGUUGCAAUAUUGAGUAUCGUGUACGUAUUUAUUUUGUAUUAAAGUGUAAUUAAUACGAGUUCAAGAGGAAAAAAAUAUUGGAACUGCUGAAAUCAUCUAAGCAAAUUGUCAAGGAUCCUACACAAGGUAAUUUAGAAUGUAACACUUUGCAGAAUCCAGGUAGAAACCACUACUAUUUUAUUGUUUACAAAAUUAUGGUAUUCUUUAUUCUAAUAUUGUUACUUUUAGGAAGUCCUAACAACUUGGAACUCCUGAAUUUGCCUCAAGAUGAUCCUGGACCAUCAGGCUAUUUUAUGUCUAGUAAUAAUAUCUUGCAAAAACCUGGUGCUUCAGGUUUCCAGACAGAUUAUAGAUUUGAUAAAGAUUCUGAUAAUUCAGUUUUGGAUCCCGACUACAUUGAAGAAUCUGAGGAAUUAUCAGAGUCAGAGAAAGAAGAACUACUCCCGUUAUCUAGCAUCAGAGAAAAAAUGGCACAGCAAAAGCUUUCAAUUCAACAAACACCUGCUGAAACAACUAUUAGAAGAAAACGGAAAAUUCAACAAAAAGAAAAACAAUUUAGGAAGCGAGUACGAAACGAAAUUGAGUGGAUUGACAACAAAGCUAAAAAGGAAUUAAAUUUAGAACAGGAACACAGAAAUAGAAAAGGGAAAUUAAUACCAGGUCGACAAAUGAGAAAUCCUUGUCCAGAAAAAUGUAGAUCUAAGUGCACUACAAAGGUAACUGAGCAAAAGAGAAGGGAAAUAUUUGAUUUGUUCUGGAAAAUAGCAGAUCACACCAAACAAUGGGAAUACAUAGCAAAAUUGGUGACUUUGGAAGAUAAAAAAGUUAGUAAAAAGGGUGAGUUGUUUAUCGAGGGAAAAAACUUGCAAGUAUGUAAAAAAAUGUUUUUAAAUACGCACAGAAUAUCGGAACAGUGGGUAACAACAGCGCUUAGUAGAAUAGAAGAGACCAGCAUGGUAAAAGAAGACUCAAGAGGAAAGCAUGGAAACAGACCACACAAGUUAAAUGAAAACAUAUUGGUUAGCGUAAGAGACCACAUAAAAAUGUUCCCUGUGGUACCUUCUCACUACAUACGCAAAAAUUCAAACAAAAAGUAUUUAGAGGAAGGGCUUAAUAUUUGCAUAAAGUAUCUAGCUUAUAUGCAAGAAAAUCACUCCGGGCAACAAGUGGCAACUUUACGACAAUACCGUGAUAUAUUUAACACCGAAUUUAAUAUUUCAUUCUUUAAGCCCAAAAAGGAUCAAUGUGAUCGCUGUAUGGUGUAUGCUAUGGCUACCAAUAAGGAGAAGAUGGUGCUGGAAAGUGAAUAUCAACAACAUAUUCAAAAUAAGAAAAUAGUCCGAGAUCUAAAAGAUUAUGACAAACUACAAGCAGUAGAGGAUAAAACCAUUUGUGUUGCUUGCUUUGAUUUGCAAAAAGUUCUUAUUACCCCUUUUUGUGAAAUAUAGUUGGAUCAAUGGAUCCUUGCGUUUACGUCAUCACGUGUUCAAGGUUGAUGUUUAUAUGAAUCAAUCAGUUGUCAAAACAGCAUCAGUGGCGGCGGCAUUUUUAAAUUAAAAAAAAAUAAUAGGGUUUCAUGCCCAAUUUCCUUGGGCGACGAUUUUCGCCAGAGAUGAAAUCUGCAAUUCUUUGAAAUUUGUUUUUAGUAUAUUGUCACUUUUAGGGCAGCUAAUUUAUUUAUAGCUAUUUGCUGUCUAUUUCAACCUGCUGUUCUUUAUUACUGGUAGAAUAUUUCUUUAAAUUACUCACGUCUUCUACUUAUAAAUGCAAUAGGUACUUCAUACACAGUGUCUUUUAGGACCUCAUAAAAGUUAUCAUAAGAUUUGUUUUUACUUCACA